AUGGGCGCACCACUCGAAGCAUCCUGCUCUGAUGCGGCUGGCACUUCAUCAUCGCAAAAGCGCAAGGCCACUGAUUUCAACCCAUAUUCCAAGAGUUAUUCCUGGCGGCAUGAGCCCAAUGAAGAAGAGGAGGAAGAAGAAGAAGAAGAAGAACAGAGACCUACGAAGUCGAGAAAGACAGCAGAACCGACCGAAAAGCGUCUAAGAAGAUUCCGCCCCAAGGCGCCCAAGGACUUCCACAUCAUAUACCAUCGAGCGACAAACCAGAAGUUCUUCGUCUUGGAAAGAACUCGUAUGGGCACUGACGAGUGUCCCGAGGAAACCGUCGAGCUCACCGGUUCUACCGGUAACGUCUACCACGUCCACAUCUCCCAGAAUCCAUCUUGCGACUGCUUCCAUGCGCAAAAGGGAAAUCAGUGCAAACACAUCAUAUACGUAAUGUCCCGCGUCCUCCGCGCGCGGUACGACCUAGUCUACCAGCUCGCGCUGCUCCCCUCGGAGCUGCGCUCGAUGUUCUCGCGCGCGCCCCCCAUCAUCGAGUCGCCGGACCAGAACCGCAAGUCGCUCGACGACGACUGCCCCAUCUGCUUCAGCCCCUUCGAGGACGACGACGCCGUCUACUGCCGCGCCACCUGCGGCCAGAACAUCCACAGGGCGUGCUUCGAGAUGUGGGCGGCGACCAAGCGCAAGAGCGCGAGGGACACCGUCACCUGUCCCAUGUGCCGCACCCCCUGGCAGGGCGACGAUGACAUGGUGAAGAAGAUCAAGAACACGGGGGUUAUUGGGCCCGAGGGCUAUGUCAAUCUUGCUGGCCAGCUGGGCAUUAGCCGCGUGAGAGAUCACAGCACGUAUUACGGCGGCCCACGGCGUUAUGGAUUUUACGAAGAUGAAGACUACUAG